CUUUGUGAUUUUCACGAGGGAGGAGGUGCUGUUGCGAGUAGCCAUAUGGACCCCUGAAUCACGGCAGGACAAUGUUGUAAAUAGUAUAAAAAGAAAUAAACCGAAAGAAAACAUGGACGUUUGGCAUUAGUUUCGUAAACUAAAGGAGUUAUUUCAAGGAGUGCGCAUAAAUUCUGCGGUUUAUUGAAACUUUUUAACGCUGAAACAGGAUGACAACAAUACAGUAGUGGUGGCAAUCUCAAGGUUUUCUGUUUGAGACUUAAAAUGAGGAUCCAAGGGCAGCCUGAGGGUGCGAGGAGGCGUCUGGAUAUGAACGCAACUGGUGAACUCCGGGAUGUGGAGGUCAUCCGGGGUCGGGCUGGAUAUGGUUUUACUAUUACAGGACAGAAACCGUGUCUGCUGAGUGGCAUCAUGGAGGGCAGUCCUGCUUUUGUGGUGGGACUCAGACAAGGAGAUCGAAUCAUGGCCAUCAAUGGAGCUGACGUUUCCGCUGCUUCUCACGAAACUGUGGUGCAGCUGAUUGGUGGCUGCAAAGGACCCCUGCAUAUGGUGGUGCUCUCAGAACGACGAAUAAUGGGGAACCCCAUCCUCAAUGAUGCCAAGUUUGGGUUUGAGCAAAAAAGUAGUGUUUUCCAGAAGCCGGGUGUCCUCCGCACUGUAUCGCAUGACCCAAGCAGACCAUCCUUUGAUCCUAACAACGGUGUCACCGCUAAACAGAGGCCAGUUUCAGAGCCCGAUAUGUCGCUGUGGACACAACAAUUCAGUGUUUUGUCUGGAAAGAAAAAGGAGGAAACGCCUACGGUUAAAGACACAGAUUCUGUUUUUACCGACACCGAAGAAGUCAAUCCAGACUGGAGUGUUUUAAACAUGACUUUGGUGGUGGGCUACCUUAGCUCCACCGAGCUGAUUCUGAACACCGGUGACACCGAGGACGACUGUUUAAAGGCCAUUCGGGAGAGAAUCCGACAGCUGGGCACAGAGCAAGAUACCCACACCCUCGUGAUGAUGAAGGUCAUGUUUGAUUGCAUUCGACUGUGUGACGACGCAGGAGCCGUUUUGGCGGCGUUCCCUGCUGAGAACCUUGUCUUAGGAGCUGUUUGUGCUGAGGAUCCACGUUUCUUCUGCCUGGUCACCACGGCACACAUUAUCAAUGGCCGGGUACCAGAUGAUGGUCCUCUCCGGGCGUCCUGCCACGUGUUCUUCAUUGACCCAGAGCUGGGAAACCACAAGGAUCACAUAGGGAUUGCUUGCCGGUUUGGCUUUAACUGUACGCCAGAUCCAGACUCUUUGGGCUGCCUCGAGUUCCCUCAGACUCCCCCAGACGUGCUACACUUUGUAACAGUCCUAUAUAGCGACCUGGGGGAGGCGGUGGAAAGGCUUCGAGCUAAACUGGACAUGGAGGCUCAGCAGACCGACAGUACCAGCAAACUAGGCAGUGCUAGCAGCAACGGGGACAGCGGGAUUGAAAAUUCUUCCCCCCCUGAGGAGAGAGCGGACAGGGAUUUCCCUUCUGAUAUCCCAAAUCUUUCUGGGACCCACCUCCCAAGCUGUCCAUGGGAUUAUCCCUCGACUGAGGUCGUCACCCCUGUAAAUCCCGUCAAGAAUGGCCAAAAACUUCAGCCAGAGAACAGUGCCAGCCCACAUUCCCUUUCAGAGUCACUACCUGGCCCGGAUUCUCUCACAAGCUUCUACGGAGGUCCCCCACCCAGGCUGGAGUUUCAUUUCAAGCCCCCACCUCCUCCGUUACCCUUGAGUAAAAAACCAAACUUUUUGGCUUAUCCCUUAAGAAGCAGCCAAAGGUGGUUUUCGAAGCCAAAAUGGCCUAAAACCCUAAGCAGCGACUCUGUAAAUCAGGAGACAUCCACCAACAUAAACUCCACCACAAAUAACCCUCUGUCUGCACUGAAUCAGGCGCACUCAGACAGGUACCACUCCACAGAGGCCAUGAUGCCUCCUAGAGAGGAAUGGACCAAGAGGUUUCUCGAACAAAGACAGAAACAGCGGGCAGAUGGCAGCUACAGAAAUGGAUCCAGGUUUUGGGGUAUAGGUGUUACCCGCACCUCCAAGCGUCGUUCUUCCAAACGUCUCAGCAUGGCACGAUCUCUGGAUGAUCUUGAGUCUGCAGCUUCUUCAGAUGGUGCUCUCAAGUGGCCAUCUGCCGUCAUGAUAGCAGACUACAGUGGAAUCCAGCUGCAGGGAUGCUGCAGUCAUAGCAGCCUGACCAGCAAUGGCAGUCUUCCAGGGGCCGGCGGCCAUCGGGGGUCCGCGGAUCACCGGGUGGCCGGCUGGUCCACCUGCUUCGAGCGGCUUCUCCAGGACCCCGUGGGUGUGCGUUACUUCUCGGAAUUUCUCAAGAAAGAGUUCAGUGAGGAGAAUAUCUUGUUCUGGCAGGCCUGCGAAUACUUCAGUCAUGUCCCUGCAACAGACAAAAAGCAGUUGUCCCAGAGAGCGGGGGAGAUCUACAACAGCUUCCUGUCCAGCAAGGCCACCAUGCCAGUGAACAUCGACAGCCAGGCCCAGCUGGCGGACGAUGUCCUCACCUCACCUCAGCCUGAAAUGUUCAAGACCCAGCAGCUACAGAUCUUUAACCUGAUGAAGUUCGACAGCUACUCGCGUUUCCUGAAGUCCUCCCUCUACCUGGAGUGUCUGCGCGCUGAGGAGGACGGUCAGCCGCUGCCGGAUCCCUACCAGAUCCCCUGCAGCCCCGCGCCCUCCAAACACAGCGCCAGCUCUGACCGCUCCACCCUCUCCACUCCCAAAAAGGACAUCAGAAAGCAGAGGUCAGGGAAGUCAUUAAAUGAAGACACCAAGGACGAGAGCGCAGAUAAGAAGCGCGGCAUCUUCUUCUCCUGGUCUCGCAACAGGAGCUUUGGGAAGGGACCAAAGAAGAAAGACAUCGGAGACAUUAAUCUGGACUUCUGGGGCAGUAACGGCCGGAGAGAGUCCCAGGGUUCCCUGUCGUCAAGCGCCAGUCUGGAGAUCCCCAAUUCUGUCUCUGCUGCCAAAAUGGAGUCUGACAAUCGCCACUCAGUCGGCGCGUGGGAGCGCUCGUCCAGACACUGCAGCGUGCUGCUGCCCGACGGCUCCUGCUCCUCCAUCACCCUGCGGCCCGGUGCGUCCAUCAGAGAAGUCCUCCAAGAUCUGUGUCGCAACAUCUGCGUCAACAUUGCUGCCGUGGAUCUGUUCCUCGUGGGAGGAGAGAAGCCUUUGGUUUUGGAUCAGGACUGCAUGACUCUCUGCUCGCGAGACCUAAGGCUGGAGAAGCGUACUUUGUUUCGGUUGGACCUGGUGCCGAUUAAUCGCUCCGUGGGUCUUAAAGCCAAACCCACGAAACCAGUCACGGAGGUCCUCCGUCCCGUGGUGGCCAAAUACGGCCUGAAUCUCGGUGAUCUCGUGGCCAAAAUAAGCGGAGAGACGGAGCCGCUGGAUUUGGGGGCCCCCAUAUCGAGUCUGGAUGGCCUGCGUGUUGUGCUGGAGCGGGCAGACCCAUGUUCAGGGAAAGAAAAAUCCAAGUCUUCCUCCCUAAAAGGCCACCCUCCGACCAGGAGCUUUUCUGCUGCAGGAGAUGAGAGGUCAGCACCAAAGGACAUUUCUGUGAGAGCGGCUGGACCGGCCUCAGCACUCCCAGGGGAAAAGAGAAAACAGAAAAAGAUAAAUAUAGAUGAAGCUGAAGAAUUCUUUGAGCUGCUAAGCCGAGCCCAGAGCACCCGAGCCAACGACCAGCGCGGACUCCUGAAAAAAGAAGACCUGGUGCUUCCAGACUUCCUGCGCCUGACUCCGCCCACCUCCUCCUGCUCCGCCUCCUCCAACCUGGCCUGUUCCACCCCGGCCUCCCUGAAGCCGAGCCGAGAGAACGGCGUGCCGCCCCGCGGGUCCCUCACGGCCGCCCUGCGCUCGGAGAGCCUGGACUCCUCCCUCAGCUCCAGCGCCAACGGACACUCGGCGUCCAGGCGGUGCCUGCUGCCUCCCCCCCGCCACUCCACGUUCGGCACCCACCUCUCCCCCAUCCCCCGGCCCCCUGACUCCCGGCCGAGCCUCCGCACGGUGGAGGAGGACGCCCACGCCGACCUGACCCUCGUGGGCGAGGGCGACAUCAGCAGCCCCAACAGUACUCUCUUACCCCCUUCGCCUCCAUCCUUCCCGUCCCUGGAGAGCAGCCUCCCUGAGGCCAACUUCACCCCUCCGACACCCUGCCCCCCGUCCCAAGACACAGGUGGAGAGGGAAAGUCCAGUUCAGAGAGAAGGAAAGAAACACCCCACGGCACCAAAUCACCCGCUGACAGAGCCGAUGCUGCGCAGGAGGUGAUGGAUGUGGAGGGGGUCCACCUAGAAGAAGCCCGAAACGUGGAGGCGUCCCAGGGCGACGACUCGGAGCUCAGCCUGAGCUUCCAGGGCUACGUCGCCGAGCUGCGGCAGUGCCAGAGCAAAAUGAGGAGCGCCCAGAUGCCUCAGGACGUCCGAAACCCGACGGAGGGCAAAGACUGCCAGUCAGACCUGUACAAGGCCACGAUUGUCUGAAGGGAACAACCUCACACACACACACACACACACUACUGCACUUUUUAAGCCUGAGGCACUGAUGUCUGAUGUGUUAAACUAUGAGCUGCAUGUGAAGAUGUCGUUCUCUUUCUUUGACACGAAUCUCAUGACGACGGAUGUAGUUGUGGUAAGAACUUUACAAACGCUCACCAGCGGCGUGGACUGCAACAAUUUGGGAGUUUCUGAUCAUUUAUUCGAAUGAACUUUAAAGCGAUUUCAUUCGCGCUUGAGACGACGCGUCACAAGCUCGAAACUGUAUGUAGCCCACUAAAAAUCAAAAUUACACAAAACAGCCGGAAUAUGUAAGAGUAGUAGUGAAGCAUAAAGCCUGAAUUAUCCAUGGUAAUAAUGGAUUUGUUCAUUAUUAACAUGCGGUUUAUUUGUGGAAAAGAGAAAAUCCACAACUUUAAAUUCGUUGGAGUGAUUGUCUCACGAUUAUCGUACCUCGGCGAGCCGAACGCUUCAAACUGAUCCUAAAAAACAACAUCAUCCUGGCAUUCACGCCCCAUCUUGAGUGCAAACCUCUCACUGGAACUGUGUAUUUCUUUAAGAUUGCAACUAUUGUUGUUAAGUUUUAGUAUUGUAAUUUUUAGAGAGUGACACAUUAAUCUUUUUUUUUUUUUUUGUAUAGUUAAAUAUUUACGUGAAAUGUAACUAUAUUUUUAGCCAUGUUGGAGUUUAAAAGAAAAAAACAGAAAAAAACAAUACAUUCCUGAAACUUACCUUUUGAGUAGUAUUUUCUAUUACAGUACGAAUGUUUGUUGGGUGUAUAUGGUUGACUCUUGAACUAUAUUUUUUGUUUCUGUCUAAUGGAGCUGAUCUUGUUUCGAUGUUUCAGUUUGACUUUCAGAUGGAUUAAUUUAAAGCCGCUGGCAUCUGGAGAACAACGGCAGAGCAGGCAGAGCUCUGUUUUCCCGAUCAAACAGCGGGCGAAGCACAAUUUACGAGUAAUUUCUUGUUAAAUGGUCUUCCUUUGUUACAGUAAUACCUUACACAGUACCUCUAUUGUCUGUAUUUUCUGCUUCUGUGGUUUUGAGAUUGUCUAAAUCGUCGAAUGAUUAAAAAGCCUUCAUGGUGACAGUUUCAGC